UGUUCAUUUUGUUUCAGUUAUUCAGAAAACAGAAAGCAGUGGGCCCAAUGAGUAGAAGCUCUUCAAGGCCUCGUAGCAGCCAGGCGGGAUUGAAACGUCCUCCAAGGCCUCCGCCGCACCCUGAUCCUAACUUAAACUCUCCAUUGUUGGGACAACGAUCGCGGUCUCUAACAACUCUACAGCAGGCGGUUAUUCUUCAGCCCAGGAUGGCUCAGUUGGAAACAUUGGAAGCAAAGAUGGCCAGUAUAGAGGUUUCUCUGUCGAAUUCUCACAGACGAAAAAAAAGUGGCUCCCUUUUUCGUACAAGUGUUUCAAAAGACGGUGAAGUCGAAGCUUUAAGAAAAUCUAUAAGGGAAAAGGACGAUGCACUUCAGAAUGUGAAGCUCAUCGUGCCUGGGUUAAAACUUAGAGAAUCGUGCAAUAGUAACCAACCCUUUACGGAGAAAGAAAAAGCGCAAAUUGAUAACGCUCUUACUACAUUAAAGUCGGAAGUUGAAGCGAAAAAACUGGCAAUAAAGAAUCUAAAAAUGGCUCUAGACCGCUUGGAUAUUUCAGACAACAUCGACGUGCGAAUCCGACAGGCGGAGUUGGAAUUCCAGCUGGGUCGCGAAGAGCUUAAUUUAUUGACUCUGCUAGAGGAGGCGAGGGCGCUUCAGGCCUGUCUCGACGAGGCCGAAAGAAGAUUCAGCGCCCCAGACGCUCACACGCUAUACAGGUGUGUAACUAACCUUGGUGUUCCCGUUCGACUUUUAACUGUUGAAGUGGAAUUCGAUCCACGCAAUCCUAAAUUUGGAGCCGGUCCAAAAGAAAAACAAGCAGGACUUUGGGUGGACUGGGCAUUGCAGGACACAGGAAUUAAAGAAGGCGACAGACUAGUGGAAGUCAAUGGCAAAAUCGUAUUGGACAAAAGUCGAGAAGACCUUCAGAGGCUGCUUUCUGCAGCACCUGAUCCUGCACAGAUUGUUCUUCUUCGGGGGCAAUUUGAAGAAAACAAGAACCUGUCCGUAAGUUGCGAUAGUCCCGAAGAAAUAACGAGCUUAAAAAGUGAACUGGGGGUGGUUCGAGAAAGGGCAGAAGAAACCCAGCGAAUUAAAGAUGGAUUAAUUGCAGACAACAUCAGACUUACACACAGAAUAUCAUAUUUAGAAGAACAGGUUGCUGAACUGUUAAGUCGCCAACAAAAACUUGAUGGCAAAGAUAUUCGUCAGCUGGCCCCCAAAUCAACAACCACAAAACAAAACGUCACUAGUAUUAAUAUUAAUGCGCCACCGGGUACCGUUGCUUCGCAAAGCUGCAGUACCGCAAUUCAAGUUUUUCAAAAGGGCCACCUAACUGCUUUGGUCAAUCUGAACGAGGAUCGUCCAAAAAGCAGUCUCUCUAGUAACGGAAUAUCAACUCCUAUAGGUAAAGGUCACAGCCAUAAAACACAUCGGCACAAGCAGCAUAAAGGACAAAACGAAGAAAAUAAUCCCAGAACCGUUUACCAAAACGGUUUCGACAAACACAAAGAGCGCACCAGUGACAUAAAUAAAUCUUACGAAAAUAGAAUAAGAGACUACAAAGACAGUAGCAAGAUGAAUUACCGUAAUGGUCACUGCAACAAUAGCGUGUCUUUUGAUUAUGACGAUAACAACUCCAACAUCAGUCAGAAUGGUUAUAGUAAUGAAGAAAGCGAAUCUUUGAACGAAAAAGAGAUGCAGUGGAAAGACAGACGAAGAUCGUGCAAUUUACAAGAAAGACUUGAGAACAAAAAAAUCUUCAACAAUCCCGAUAACUCAGUUGCAAGUGAUAGUUAUAGAAAGGCAACGAAAAUAGUUGAAGAUCUAAUGUAUUACAAAUCCAAUGGUCACAACAUAAAGGCCUGUGAAAAGAUUGAGCGUUGCGGCGCAGAUAUAUUGAGACACUUUAAUUCCAGAAAAUCCGCUUCUGUAGCCGAACUGCUGAAUCAAAGGAACGACAAAAAAUAUCACCCAGAAUUUAAAAGCGUUGAAGAACUGGACAUGAUAGCUUCUAAUAACGUAAUUACAACAAAUACAAGUUUAACCAAUGGUAUUAUCGAUUCUAGAAGCGUCAAAUCGUUGGAUUUCGAUAGUGAUUGUACCAGUAUUAAAAGUACAAAUAACAGCGCUCAGAAAUACACCGGAUACACUUCAGAACCUAUUGAUGCAAACAUAAGGCUGAGAUGGGGAGAAAAAGCUAGACCAACACCACCUAAGAAACCGAUUAGAUUAUCGCUUCAUAAAGCGCAAAGUUUACAAAUGGUGGAUACGCAAAUUUCAAUUGCUGGUUUUGAUCCUAGAAAACCUAUGAAGAGAAACCACCGUGGUGAAACGCAAACAUUAGAACAAGAAUCUGCUGUAACUGCUACAAGAACGUCUUAUAGGAUAAAUGCUUAAGAAAUAAAUGUUUUAGUCUUACUGUAUAUUAAUGAUCUCCUAAUGUUAAUACACUCUUAAUUUCAGUACAUAAUUUCACUUUGUUUUAAUU